UAAUAAAAACUCCAAAACCAAAGAAUCUCUUGAAAUUUUUUUUUAAAAAAACCAUUUAAAUCCACCCUUCUCAAAUUUCUUUCCUUUGAGUUUGGAGAAAGAAAACAAAGUCGAUUUCUUCUGUUUUCCAUCCCACUCCAGUCUCCAAUGGCUUCCUCUUCCAUCCACCCAAUCCCCCCUCAAACUCUCUCUCCUUUGACCAAACCCUUAAAAGUCAAACCCCCCACUCACCUGACCUUCACCACCACCACUCUCCGCCGCCACUCUUUCGCCAUCUCCGCCGUGAGAGACCCUGAUGUGCUGCCAGUGAAGAGCACCGACAUCACCGACCAGCCAGGUGGAUCAAUGAUGAUCAUGACCAUUCAGAAUGAGACAGAUGGCAGCAUCAACGGUGGUGUUGGUGGUGGUGCGCUUGUUGGUGGGUUUGAUGGGCAGCAGCUGUCUCUUGAAGGUAUUGGUGGUGGCACAAGUGGUGGUGGUGGUGGAAAUGAUGGUGGUGGACGAGGAAAUGAUGGUGGUGGUAAUGAUUUGGAAAAGUUGAUUGAUAGAGGAAUUAAUGUUUCCUUUGUUCUUGCUGCUGGGACUUUUGCUAUUACUAAGUUGCUCACUGUUGAUCAUGAUUAUUGGCAUGGUUGGACAGUCUAUGAAAUAUUGAGAUACGCACCACUACAUAACUGGAAUGCAUAUGAGGAGAUACUUAAAACCAAUCCUUUAUUUGUAAAAAUGGUUAUUAGUGGAGUUGUUUAUUCCCUGGGAGAUUUGGUUGCACAGUGCUAUGAAGGGAAACCUCUAUAUGAUUUUGAUCGUGCCCGAAUGUUGAGAUCUGGAAUCACUGGAUUCGCUUUACAUGGUUCUAUGUCCCAUUUCUAUUAUGAUUUUUGUGAGGCAGUAUUUCCUGUCAAAGGUUGGUGGACGAUUCCACUAAAAGCUGGCUUUGAUCAAACUAUAUGGACAGGAAUUUGGAAUUGUAUUUACUUUAUAGCAUUGGGGCUUAUGCGGUUUGAAUCACCUGCCACCAUUUUCAAGGAAUUGAAGGCAACAUUUUGGCCUUUGCUGAGAGCAGGCUGGAAGCUGUGGCCUUUUGCACACAUUGUGACUUAUGGUGUCAUUCCCGUGGAACAAAGGCUGCUGUGGGUUGAUUGUGUGGAGCUCAUUUGGGUGACUAUACUUUCGACGUAUUCAAAUGAGAAAUCUGAAGCCAGAAUCUCAGAGGCGUCUGCUGAGGCUACAAGUUCAGAUCCUUCACAGGAGUAACGAGGACGCGUCAAUGUGAAGUGUGAACAACAACAAUGUGAAAAUUCGUCUCACUACUAGUGAUUCUCAAGAGAAACUCUUUAUGUGGUGGACUUUGGCUUUGAGUAUAUGUGGCUUGACUGAUGGAAUCUAGCUGGAAAGGAUGAUUGUGGUCACAUAUCUUCUACCCUAAGAUGUACACAAAGGAUAUAUCAAUGAUUCUGUAUGUAGAAUUCUAACUAAUUUUUAUAGAUAAAUAUUGUAUAUUUUGAUGUAAUUUUGUUGAACUAAAUUCAUUUUAAUGAGGUAUAUCCUCUGCUAGAUAUAUUGUAUAAAUUUAGACAUAAAUAUAUAGUACUUCGUACUUGAGGAGAAAGCUUAUAGGAUGUUACUUCCCACUCUGAUUAGAUGGUCUAUUCUCUUCUUCUUCUUUUUUUUCAUAGAAGUGUUUGUAGAAUAAUGAAAUUUUCCUGGUUAAACUAAGAAUGCAUGAAUGAGCACCUCCCCUGUUUAUAUGA